CCUAGUUACUUUGAUAAGUGAUAAUGUCACAAAAGUUUCGUAGUUGCCCUCACAUAUUCUAAAUUUAUAAUACCUUCGCGAGAUUAAAUUUAAUCUCGUCAGUAGAAAAACUGUUACACCUAGGACGUUUUUUAUACUGAUCGUUAAGGUCUGGUUCACAUCGAAGUUCAGUUGGGACAAUGAUGUUUUCAUCACCCAGUGUCUUCCACAACUAUUGUCUUGAUGCUUAGGUACAGCAGCCUCAAAACUCAUUCCGUUGGUGUUUGAAAAUCCCACAAGGACCAUGACAUUGUAUCAGCCUAUAAAAGGUAAUUCAAACAUUAUAAAUAUUUAAAGGUUUUUAUGUUUGAAACAUUGAAUUUGGUUACCUAAUGUAACAAAACAUUUACAUAAUUUACUGUUUAAAAAUUUAAAACUUAUUUUCCAUUUUAUAGUUUUAUAUUCAUAAAUAACUUUAACACUUAUUUAUUAAAUUGUUAUAGUAACUAAUUUACGAACAUAGGAGUGUUCUAAAUUAUUUAUAAAUUAUAUCAAUAAAUUCUUAAUAGUAUUUAUUUUUGUUACCUAACUAUGUACAAAUGUAGUGUUAAUUACUUUUUUGAUAAUGUUAUUGCAGACUUAAUAAAAUUCAAAUAUUUGUUUAUUUCAUACAGGUUAGGUUUAUGGUUAUAAGGUUUUUAGGUAUUAUUUUAAAGUGUUACUUACAUAAUAUUAUAUAUUUUGGUUAUUUAUCUUAUAUCUAUAGUUUUUUUGUUACAGAAUCAAUUCAGUUGGUUACAACACCAACAAAUCAUCCAAAAUCAGUAUUGAUGAGCAGUAAAAAUACAAACUGGGAUGAUUUUUUAUUAAAUAUUCACUGUAUGUCACAGUUAAGAUUUAUUAUGUUUUUGGUGUCAAUUUUUGUUUGUUUUGCUGUCGUUUUUACCACUUUAUUUGUUAUACCAUGUGAAUGGUCUAACUGUAUUUCACCAAGAAAGGUCAAGUUAAUCUGGUCUGAUUCUAUUUUCAAUGACAUAGGUACCUAUCAUUAUUUUUCGAUAAUAACAAUAAUGAUUAUUUAAUUGCAUUUAAAUCAAUUGUUUAUUAUUUUUUAUUUAUAUUUUAACAGAGUUAAAAGGAAAGCCCAGUAUAAUUGAAUUGAACCAAAAACUUUUGCACCUGGUAUUCAUAGUAAGAGGAUCAAUUCUUAAUAGUCCAAAUGUACCACCUCGAACAGAACGAUUUCCAUCUAUUGGUGGUGGUCUAUUACAAAUAGAUACAAUGACUGGUAAAGAAAUGUGGCGUAAACGUUUGGAUCCUUUACCGGACAAAAUAGAUUGUACAUUACUCAAUAAUCAAUUUAAAGAAAACAGUGAAGUGUAUUGUAUAGUGGGAUCAUCUAAUGGAAAUUUAUUAGGUGUUGUUUCUAGCAGUAAAAACAAAGGUAUUAUUUGUAUAAAUUUAAAUAAUUUAAGAAAUUUAACUAUAAGAUAUUUAAUUUACUGCCAUAAGAUGUUAUAGUAUUGACUUUUGGAUUUCUAUUUUUAAAUAAUAUGUAAUAAUAAUAUUAUUUUAAAUUAGACUAUCUGUCAAAUAAUUAUGUUCACCAAGCCCAGUCUACUGCCUAUUUCUUAUACUUUUACCAAGACGGAUUUUCAAACAGAUUUCUCCACAUAUUUUCUUAAUUAAUAUAAUGUCCAAUUCCUACCUAAUUAGGGUUUAGAACCAAAUAUAACACAUAACAUCUGGUUUACCGAUUUGGUGAUGCUACUACCACUUUUAGAAAUAAAUGUAUUACACUCCUGCUUUACUCUACAUCUCUCAGGCAUUUAACUAAGUGUGACAUGACGAUCUACUAUUCAAACAUCGAAUAUUUCUACCAUUUAAAUAUUUCUUUUGAAUUAAAUUGCACCUUAAAAAUCACCAUUCCCAAAAUAGAUUUGGUUUUUUAAUUUAUAAUAUAGCCUUUAAUUAAUACUUGUUUUAAAAAUAUGAAAUAUUAACCUAAUCCAACCUAGGUAUCUUCUAAUUAGGCGAUGAAUUAAAAUUAGAUAUAACUCCCAACUGUAUAUGAUCUGAUGUUUUCAAAAUAAAAGAGGUCAAAGUUCAUUACCUAUAUAAAUACAGUCUAAAAGACUGUACUCUUUAUACUGUGACAUUUAUAAACAAUUUAAUUUUAUGAUAACUCAAUUGUGGGGAUUAUUUUUAAAUUGUGUUUCCUAAUAAUUUUUGGGGAAAAAUGUUUAUCAAUCAUUUUUUUAUUUUGGUUGUGUCUGUUGAUAUUGUUGUAAUUAUUAUUUUAAUUGAAAUAUUUCAAUACAUGGCCAAAAACAUUGUGUGUGUGGAUUUUCAUAAACAUUUUUAAUGAAUGUGCUCCAGGAUUAAUUGAACACUUCAAGAAGAUAUUUUUUCACAUAUAUAAUUUGAUACUAAUGCCUCUGUCUAUAAAUUAAGAUCUUCCAACUACUUUAUCUAAUGUACAAAUGGGAAAAAAUAGGAAAAUUGGUACAAUAUUAAAAAAAUAUUAUUAAAGAAAAUAUAUAAUGCAUAUUUAAUUAUUUUAUUAUAAUAUUGCAUAUAUUGUUGACAAAGCAACACUACCAACUGAAAUCUACUUAGAAUUGUUUUUCAUUAGAAAUGGUUAAUUGUUGCUUAUAUAUAUAAAUUAAGUUCCCUUCCAUAUCCAACCUUCCCAAUUUCUUACCAACAACAAUGGUUACACUCAUCAUGUGAAGUAUGUCAAUCUUUUUUUUUUACUUGGAGUAGUUGAGUUAUAUGAGUUAGUUUAUUUGUUAUUAAUUUUGGUUUUACUAUUGUUUUUUUUUUUGUGAGCAGCUUUUCUUUAUGUGUAGCAUCUUUUUUAAUAGGUGAUUUUAUCUAGUUGGUGUAUUAGGUAAAGUGUACUCACUACUGCUUUCAUUAUUUAAAUAUGUAUACACCAUGUUUUCUACCAGAAAUAUUACUCCAGUGGAAAAAUGACAAGAGAUCAAUAUUGUUGUAUUUUUAAUUUACUUAUGAAUAAGAAAAUCAUUAUCAUUUUCCAUUGUAACUUAUGUCAUUUGAAAUUGGGUAAAUUCAUAAAAAAAAAAAGUUAAUUUAUGAUGCCAUUUGGCAUCACAUUGCCUCAAGAAGUUAAUAAAUGAUAAGACAGUUAAUUUUUAUGAUGAUUUAUGUUUUAAUUUUUAUGUAUUUCUGGAAUAAAUAUUAAAUAAUUUAUUUUGUUAACUAGGUGAGUUGAUUUGGAAACAAACCAAAGGUCGGACAGACUCUAGCAAUACCAAACUGUACAAAAAAAAUGAUAUAGUCUAUAUGGAAUUUCCUGUAAUCAUACCAGAUUGCAAUUCAGAUGGUAUAAAUGAAAUGGCUUUAGUACAACAUAUAAAUAAUGUGCCAACAUUGGUUAUUGUAUCUGGAAAAAGUGGAAAAGAAAUGAUUAGUAGUAUUAAUAAUAACAAUUGUACUAAAAUGACUGAUCUUAUUUUAAAUUAUGAUAUGUCUUUAGUGUACUAUUGCCAUAAAAAUUCUGGUGCAGGUGUGUAAAAUUGUACAUCAUAGUUAGGAGAUAUGAUACCUGCAUAUGCUGUCUCGAGCUUACAAAUUCACAUUUACAUACAGUAGGAUUAAUAUUUUAAUUUAAUUGUGAGUUCAUUUAUUAUCAGACUUAAAUGUAAGAACAUUGAAUUUUUGAGGGAUGUUUUGGUUUUACUAUGAUGUAUGUUUUUUUUCUGCAUGAACAACUUUUCUACCAGCACCUUCUAUGGCAACUUUUUGUAAAGUAAUCAGGAAGGUAAUUUAUUGAUUUUUCUAGGGGUUUUUGAAAUAAUUGGGAAAACCUCCCAAAAAAUUAAGGUCCAAUAGAAAAAUAUCGAGAAAUUUUUUAUGUUGAAUUUUCAUUAACUUCAGACUUAAAAUGUUAACAGACAACUUAUAUUUACUUUUUCUAGACUUGGUAAAACUUUCAGAACAUAUAAACAAUUUUUGGUGUAGGUAUUGUGUAGAUUAAUUGUUAGACUUAACAGAAUUGUUUAAAAAUUUGAUGCAAGGUUCAUUAUAAGUACAUUGAGGUAAAAAAAAAUUUAAACUAUGUAUAAACAUGUAUAACCAAACUUCCCUCUGGAUUUGCUGUUAUCAAUGGUUUAUCAAUGGUUUUGAUGGUGAUGAUUAGUACUUGAAAGUUGCUAAAAAAAAGGCAAAAUAUACAUAACAAAAUUGUAAAAUAUGCAUGAAGAAAUGUUAAAUAUGCAAAAGUUAGUAUGUCAGUAUAUUAAAUUUUGACUAGUAUCUUUUUUUAAAUUUUAAUAUUAGAUAUACUUAUAAUAUCGAAAAAGCAAAAUAUGCAUGUGUCUAAUAUUAAAAUUUAAAUCCAGCUUGAAAAUUUAACUAUCGAAGGUUAAGUUGCAUAGGUAGGCUAAUGUUGCAUAGAUAAUGUUCUUUAAAGUUUGAUAAUAGGUCAAUUUACUCUUAAUAUUAAAACUAACUUAGCCUUACUGAAAUCAGAUUUGCUUCUUUGUGUUUGUUGGAUGAAGGACAGAAUAUGCAAAUAUCACAUUCUCAGUUAUUGAGAAUAAUUUAUUCUUAUCUAUUUAGAUCCUCUAAGGUUAGAAACAGUUCAAAUUAAAACCAUAUUAAAUUGCUCUGGGGAUUGGAUCCCUAAUUCAGUCCACCAAACAAAACGUGAACAUGACCAAAGUGAAGAAAAUCAAUAUUCAAUAACAGUUGGACAUUAUCGGCUUAAUGUUAUUAAUAGUCAUUAUGAUUGCCCAACCAAGUGUAAAGUUGUUUUGAAUGUAACAAAUAGUUCAGGUGAAACUGUUUGGUCAAAAAAUAUUGAUCGGUCUUAUGUAAUGAAACCUGUAACUUUUGAACUGCGCAACAAUAUUUCUGGUUUUGUUAUAAAAAUUUGGUACUGGGAUAAUAAAACAAAUAUUGGGGUGAGUGAUAUAGUUAAAAAAAAAUAAUAAUAAUAAUAAUAAUAGAUAAUAAUAGAUAAUAAUAUAGAUAAUAUAGAUAAUAAUAGAUAAUUUAGAUGAAUAUAUUCAUUUUAAUAGAUAAUCUUUCUUAAUUUCGUUAUACUAUGAUACAUUCACUUAAUAAAAUCAAUAUUUUCAUAAACUGGAUUCUCAAAUACUGAAAUCCAAACUUUUUUGUUAAUUUGGUUUAAAUGGCAUAGUUUUAAUUUUGUGUAUUUUGAACAUUUUAUUUUCAUUAUUUAAAUAAUUACAUUUUAAGUUUCAACAGUUACACUUUUUUUAUGAGAUAAUUUUUUUUUUGUAAAUUGAAUAUAUGUUUGUUAAAAAUAACAACAAUCUAAUUGAUUUAUUAACCAUAAAAGAUAAAAUAAAAAAAUAAUAAUUUUAUAUAUUUCUUCUUCCCUCAGAACAUAAAUUAAUUUCACAUUAUUAGUAAUUUAAUAGUUUUAUUGAUUUUAUCUGCAUUCAAAAAAAAAAUCAGAAGGAUAUUUAGAAUUUAAAAUUAUUUAGGAACUUAAAUAUGGCUAGAAUAAGAUUGAGCAUAAUUAAUGUUGCCAUUUGCCAACAAUUCUGAAUAUUAUAUUAUACACAAAUACAUACAUUUGUUUGUAAACAAACAAAUAUUAAUUUAAAUUAUUUUAAUAAUAUAAAAGUGGUAUGAGUUUAAAAAAAUAACAGUAAUUCAUGGUCAUUGCAUUUGUUGAUUUGUUGAUAAUAAUAAUAAUAAACAAUCAGGAUAGCUGGUUAUUGCCUAUCAAAAAAUUAAAACUAAAAUUGUUACAUUUUGUUGUCUAUUUCCAAUUUCUCAUAAAUAUAAUAUUUAGUGUAUGCUAUACCCCUAAUGCAUGAUUACUUGUAAGUUGUAAAAAAAGUCUUAUACUUUUUACUUUGCCCUUCCCCCAUUAUAACCAGAAUAAUAGGAAAAACAUAUUGACUUAUUCUUCAGAAUAUUUUGUCCUCUCUGAAUUUUAUAACAGGAGUAUUUACUCUAAAACCAAAAUUAUCAGAGUAAUUAAUAGUAAUUAUUUAGUAUUUUUACUGUUUGAAUGUUGUUUUAUAGCUUUUAUAAUAACAUUUUUUUCUUAGAUUUUUUUACAUUUGUACCUAAACUUAAUAUUUUGGUGUGUAAUAGUACAUUACCAAAUUUGUUUAAUCGAUUUUGUAUCAAAUAGUGGUGCAGAAAUUGCUAUCAUACAUUAAACAUUAAAAAUAUAAAUCGCUACAAAUGAAACUCAAAAAUGAUUAAUGUAUAUAACUUUUAUUUUUUUCAGAAUAAUAUUAAACUUUCUAAAAUGGAAAAAAUGUCAAACAUUCAUGAACAAGUAUUAGUUAUAAUGUAUAAUUCAUCCAGAACAGAAGAUUUCCAUGUUAAAAACAUAAGUUCAAAUGCAAUGUUUCAAGUUUGUGAAAGCGAGUUUAACUGUCAGCCAAAAUUAGAAUAUCAAAAAUAUUCAUGUAAGUUCAGUUUUAUAAUUGUAUAUAUUACUGUUUAACUGUAUUAUUCAAUGUAACUUAGUUUGAUGUACACAUUUUUCUAUUUUAAUAGUAUAACCAAAUGUGUUAUUUAUUGAACCAAAUAAAACUAUCUUCUCAGAGUUGAUCACAUUGAUCAGACCCCCUAGCUCCUCUUCCUAAGUAGGGCUCUGGUCAUCUUAAAAAAGUUUAAUAUAGAGUCUGCAAGUUGAGUAUGACUAAUAAAUAAUUAAUAAAAUAAUAUGAUUGUACAAUGGAAAUAACAUUAGUGUUAUCAAUGACAUACUUAUAUAUACAUGUAUUUUUUUUUUCCAGUAAAUGUGAUGGACAUCAACAAUGAUGGUUACAGAGACCUUGUUUCUGUGUUUGUGACGUUUAAGUUCAUUAAUUCUUUAGGCCAGCAUUUUGUGAAUGAUACAGCAUCAUUACAACUAAUGUCAAAAGUUAAUGUUUAUGAGCUGGAAGAACACCUUAUCCAAGAUUUUGAGAAUGAAAUAUUUGUUUAAUUUAUUGUAACUGUGUUAUUAUACUGAAUAAUCUAUAAGUUUAUACAAUAGUUUUUAAACUUUAAAAUGUAAAUUUUUAAGUUAUUCACAUAGGAUAUAAAUCUUUUAAAAUAGAAGUAGAUACAGGAGAAACUAUUAAUUCAGACUAAUUAAAAUAUUAAUCUGAACUGAUAUUUUCUUAUGAUUUAUUAUAAAUGACCUAAGAAUAUAAUAAAUAAAUAUAAGUAAUAUUAAUACCUAGGUAAUCAUAUUUGUCCAGUAUAGCUAUAUAAUAUGUAACUAUUAUACCUACCUACUUAAUUGGCAAUAUUUAUAAAUCUUAUUUGAUUGAAUAUUGCAUUUAUUUAUUUUUUCCUUAUAGAUGUUACUAUGUAUAAGAAGAUUAAUAUUGCAUAUUUUAUGUUAUUCUAUUAUUUAUAAACUUCUUGAGAAUUAUAAAAAAAAAUAACAUCAGCAUGUUUCACUGGUUUUUUUACUUAAAUGUAAUAUUUAAAAUGUAGGUAGAGGAACAAGGGGCAAAACCAACUGAAAAAAUGAAUACCUUCAUAAUUAUUCAGGAUCUUAAAAUAUAUUUAAUCUAUUUGCACAGUUUUAUUAAGUUACUUCUUGUUUAUAAUAUUUAAUUAUAAUACAGUGAAUAUCAUACAAAUGUAUUUUUAAUAAGCCAUUAACUUGUAUUAACAUUAUAUGGUUAUCUAAUUGUAAUGGGCAACGGGUACUAAAAUAAUGAUGGAUAUAAAUAUAAUGUCAAACUUUUUUUCAGAGGAACUUACUUAACCAAAUACAUAUAACUAUUAUAUUUAAGUAUUGUAACUAUAGUAAUAAAGGUUUCAUAAAUUAUCUAUAUAUUAUAAGACAUGAAUGUCUUAAUUAAAAUUCAAUAAAACCAAAAUAAAAACAAAUUUUAACAAC